AUGUUAAAGAAGAACCAAAACCCCUCGUAUACUGUCAACCUCAAAGCCAUUGAGGGGAACCGAUCGGUAAACGAACUUGUGGAUCAGUAUGGUCCGUUUGUGAUGAAUCCGCAGGUGGAGAUUGAUAUGACUAUUGAGGACAUUCACAAUGUUAAGGACGGGUUUGCAAAUGGCCAAUGGCUUGUAUAA